AUGAAAUUCGACGUUUUCCUAAGUUUUAGAGGAACAGACACAGGCAGAACAUUUGUCAGUCAUCUUUGUCAUAUAUUGGAUCGAAGGCGCUUAAUAACUUUCAAACAUGAAGAGGUUACACCAGGAAACCAACCAGCGUCCUCUGAAGUGCUUCAAGCGAUUGAAGAGUCUACAAUUGCAGUCGCGAUCAUAUCAGAGACCUACGCUUCUUCCGUCUGGUGUUUAGACGAACUCGAGAAGAUAAUUGAGUGCAAAGUGAAAGGGUCAUUGGCGGUGAUGCCAGUCUUUUACGAAGUAGACUAUCACGAUGUUGUAAGAAAAGCCGAAGAAUUAGCAAACGACCUAACUAGGGAGGGGUAUAAUAUGGAGAAGUUGAAUAGGUGGAGUGAUGCCCUCAAAAGUUUGACCCGCAUUCCGAGCCACAAUUCUAGUCAGUGGUUGGAAGACUCAAAAAUGAUCGAAAACAUUACUGAGAAUGUUUUUGGUCAUUGGUUCGCGGCUCAACCAUCAUUUGGCAACACGAUUGAUGGAAUCCCGAGCUUAACUACUGGGAUUGACGCGUUAAUUAGUACCACUGACCUUGUCAGUAUCACGAUUCAAGAUGCUAGAGAUAGUCUUGGGACGUUGGCUGGAAGAUACAUGUUGGGAGAAAAGCCUAUUAGGGUCGAGCCUAGGCCUGGGAGCUCCGUUUACGGAGAAGAAUAUAUUACUGGCAAUGAGUUGGCUCGGUUAGUCCCAUCCGUGUCCAGCGGUUUUAAAAUCUUUGGCAUGGACCGGCACAUGAAAGCAAUAUACACAUUGCUUGGUCUCGAACUGAAUGAUGACGGAGUUCGUGAAAUUGGCAUUUGGGGUGCGGCAGGAGUCGGCAAAACGACUUUAGCCAGGCUUGUUUAUGAAGAGAUCUCUCCAAAAUUUCAGGACCACUACUACUACUACCACAGGUCAUGGGCUGAUGCCAGCAGUAAUUGUCAACCUCGCAGUUCAAUAGGUUUGCUGGAGAAAAUAACAAGAGAUGUCGUCAUGGAAAAUGAUCUAGCUAUGAUCCAAAACGUCGUGAAGGCCAAGCUCGGACACCAAAAGGUUUUGCUUAUUGUUGAUGGUUUGGAUUACCAAAAUGACUUGCAAAACAUCACAAGGAUUGCUAGGUUGUUUGGUCGAGGGAGUAGACUGAUCGUAGUCCACAAGAAGGAGGAGUCAUUAACUAACUGUGGAGUUGGACACUUAUAUGAAGUUGAGUCUAUGAGAUCUGAUGAAGCUCUUCAGUUCUUUUCUCUGUUUGCCUUUAAACAGGAAUACGUCCCUAGAGACUUAUAUCGGCUUUCUGCUCGUGCUGUCUUUAUUGCGGGUCAUCUUCCACUGGCCAUGAAGGUAUUGGGCUCCUUCUUACAUGGGAAAGACGUCAACGAAUGGGAAUACGAGUUGUGUAAACUCGAGGCAUCACAAAACAACUGGAAUGUUGCAGUAGUGUCUAGAUACAUUGCUGGAGACUUCUAUCAAACACGGUCGUCGACCAAUCUAGAUGGAUGCAUUGGAGAAGAGGAUGAGGGAGACGAUUUUCCUUCGUAUUUAUUUGCUCUUUCAUAA